UGCCUAACCAGUUAUUUAAUUUAGAAAUAAAUAAUAAUAAGGCUACGUACUUGUAUGUGUGCUACAGGUUGUGUCAGGCCGCCGACCGAUGGCGCUACCAUCGAGGGCUGUAUGGCGUUGCAGGCGUUACCUGCGGUGCUCAGUCUGUUCUUUUUCGGUUUCCUCUCUAGAAUAUACUCGUUGAUUAGAGAGAUACAAGCAAAGCUCCCAGUCUCCAGUGUAUUGCGUGCGUCAUGUCAUGUAUACCUUUUAUAAGACACGGCGAUAAAUUCCGAUCUUGCGAUACCGUUAUAUUAUUAAUGCCAUACGCACGCGAUCACGUCUACACGAGUUAGCAUAUUCAUUUGAGUCUGUAAUAAAUUAUCUUUAAACUUGAGACAGAUUCAGUGAUUAACCUUUCACUGUGGACUAAGCAUUUUCCCGCCUUUCCAUUUCGCCUUCAGCGAAUUAUCGUUGGCGUCAGACACGUUAGCCCCCACAAGCGGGUUGGAAAUCGCAUCACUGCUUGUCACUUGAAAGAUAACAUUGAACGUUGUUUGUAAAAAGAAGGACAACUUGAACGUUUUAUAUUGAUAAAUUGACGAAAGAAAUGGAUGCUGAUUUUGAAGAACUUUCGCAUGAUGCAAACAUAAUUGCUAGACUGAAGCAGUUGAGCGAAACAGCCUUCAAAAUCCAGGAUAUGGUGGAUUUGGUUAGCGAUCCUUCGCUACUCGAUAAACUUUCCAAUACAGAUAAAAUUAAAUAUCACUUAUUGUUAUCUUACAGUCUUAAUAGUCUAUUUUGGAUGUACUUGAGAGCCGAAGGAAUCGAUCCAUCCAAGCAUCGAAUUAGAUCAGAAAAUGAGAGACUGAAAAAAGCGAUGAUACGAGCGAAACAAAUCAAUGAUAAAAAUACACUUAUGCCACAUGUCGAUAUAAAUGCUGCUAAGAGAUUUGUGAGGAACAGUUUGUGGGACGUGAAGCAGAAAAAACACAAGAGCAUGGAAACGGAAAUUAACAAGUCUGAAGAAUCACCACCUACAUAAAUAUUAUAAAUUCUA